AUGUAUAGAAUUGACAACUUAAAUUUAGAGAAUUUUGAGAAGAUUGUGAUCUAAUUUCCUAGUAAUUAAUUACAAGAAUCUUAAACUGUGUGGAGAUAACUAAAUAAAAAAUACCCAAAUAAGUAAUUCAUUAUUUCAGCUGAUCCAUUACAUUCAUCCUGUUGUGUAAAUGUAAUUGGAGCACGACAUAUAAAACAUGAUUUAAUUAUUCAUUUUGGAGAAACAUGCUUCUCAGAAUCUCAAUCAGAUAAUAUUAUGUAUGUAUUACCUUAUUUUGAAUACGAUUCAGCUGCAUUAAUUAAAUCUAUAGAAUCAAUUGAAUAAUCAUCUUGGGUUUUAUUUGAUUAAAAAUAUGAUCACAUUUAGAUUGAUGAAAGUAAACACAUAUUUCUUUAAUUCUAAAAGUAAUUGAAUUAAUAACAAACACAACAUAUUGCUUGUGGUUAUCAUGCAGCUGAAUUAAGAAAAUAAUUAAUAUUUAUAGGAUCUGAAGAUAGUGAAUUGUUAUAAAGAUUUAUUUUACAUUUUGAAUAUGGAAAAAUAGAAAAAUGUUAUAUCAUAGAUCCUAUUACAUGUUAACAUUAAAUAUUAUCAAUUAAUUAGAUGCCAUUAAUAAUCAAAAGAACAAAAUAAGUUGAAGAAGCAUCUGAAUGUAAAUGUUUUGGUAUUCUAAUUAAUAAUUCUACUGCUAAAUAUACUAAAAAUGCAUAUAAAGCAUGCAAAUAGAUUUUAAAAAAUAAUCAAAAAAAAUACUUUACAUUUUCAAUGAACAGUCUCAAUGAAGCUAAACUUGGAAACUUUCCUGAAAUUGAAGCCUAUAUUAUUAUAAGUUGCUAUAGAAAUUCUAUUAUUGAUACCAAAAAGUAUUAUAAAUUGAUUAUCACUCCCUUUUAAUUACUUUAAGCAUUUUCAGAUGUUAGAUAUUUAGUCUAAAGUGAUUUAAGUUUACUUGAAUAAGAAUAACAAUAAGAAGACAAUCAAAUUAUUUAAAAAGAAUAAAUAAAUAAAUAAGAAGAAUGCACUGCUUUAUUAGCUUAAAAUAAUGAAAAUCAAUUAAUAGCAUUAGAUAAAAUAUUCUAAACUUUAGAUUUUUAUAAGAAUAGAUAAUAUUAAGGAUUAUAAAUUAGAGAAAAUCUUGAACCAGCAUAAUUAGAAAUUGGAUUAAGUGGAAUAGCAAGUUUUUAUGAAAAAGAAGGAAAUAAAUGA